AUGGAACACGAAAUGGUCCCUUUAUCAAGUUCAAUGACACAGUACCCCGAUGAUCACGACUAUCUAUCUAGUCGGAGAACGCCACAUCCGAUGACCAUCUCUUACGAGGUCACCGUGGUCAUACAACAUCAUCCACUAUUCAUUACAGCCGGUGAUCGAGCAUAUCGGUUGAAUUGCAUUUAUCGACAAUUGGAAUCAACACUUACACAGAAAAUCAAUAUCAAGUAA